AUGGGAUCUGGUAGCUCUGUAAAUGCUGAGGACAAGUACUCCCUGCAGAAGUCUGAAAAUGCUUUCAAGGCAGCGGUGCUGAUCCAGCAGUGGUACCGGCGCCACGUGGCUCGGCUGGAGAUGCGGCGCCGCUGCACCUGGAGGAUCUUCCAGUCCAUCGAGUACGCCUGUGAGCAGGAUCAGAUCAAGCUUCACAACUUCUUCAGUUACCUUAUGGACCACUUCACACCGAGCAGCAGUAAAGAGAGGGAUUUUAUCAGUCGUAUGUUUCUAAGUGGGGAAAGCUUCAAAGAGGCAGAGCUGGAAAAAUACUGUGACUAUGAAUGCAUAGAGGUGCCAGACUCCUACACUGGACCCCAUCUCUCUUUCCCACUCCUUCCUGACCACGCCACUGCCUUGCUGGAAGCAUUCAAGCAGAAACAACAGCUCCACGCUCGCUAUGUCUUAAACCUUCUACAUGAGACCAGGAAGCAUCUCAAGCAGUUGCCAAACAUCAGCCACGUCUCCACCUGCUACAGCGAGGAGGUGACCGUGUGCGGAGACUUGCAUGGCCAGCUGGAUGACUUGUUCCUCAUAUUUCAUAAGAAUGGCCUUCCCUCCCCUGCCAAGUCCUACGUGUUCAAUGGGGACUUUGUAGACAGAGGCAAACAGUCCCUGGAGAUCCUCAUUGUCCUCUUCACCUUCCUCCUGAUCUACCCAAAGGAGGUUCACCUCAACCGCGGCAACCACGAGGACCACAUGGUCAACUUACGCUAUGGUUUUACCAAGGAAGUCAUGCAGAAGUACAAGGUGCAUGGGAAGAAGAUCUUGAGGAUGAUUCAGAAUGUCUUCUGCUGGCUGCCCCUGGCCACCCUGAUUGAUCAGAAAGUCCUCAUUCUACACGGGGGCAUCUCUGACACCACCGACCUGGAUGUGCUUGAGAGAAUUCAAAGGCACAAAUUUAUUUCUGUUUUAAGAGGGAAGCAAAGAAAGGACUCGGACAGAAGCGUGGAGGUUCAGGGAGUAAACGGCGAGAGCAAGGCAGAGGCAGAGGCGGCAGGGGAGGAGGCAGCCCGGGGCGUGUGCCCGCAGCCCCGUCCAGUGCAGGCUCCCAGCGCAGACAACAGGCAGGAGUUCUCCCGCUGGGUCCGGCAGACCGUGCAGGAGCAGAUCGACCGCUGCCGGCGCCUGGUGGACGUCAGCGAGUCCGAGUCGGAGGAGCUCACCUACUCCAGCACCGUCUCCUUGGCAGACUUGGAGGGGCCCUGCUGGACUGGCCAGGAGGAGUGCGAGCAGAUUUUAGACAUCCUCUGGAGCGACCCCAUGCCUCAGGAGGGCUGCACAGCCAACACGGUGCGAGGUGGUGGCUGCUACUUUGGGCCUGAUGUGACAGAGAAGAUCCUUAAGAAGCACAGCCUGCAGUUCCUCAUCCGCUCCCACGAGUGCAAGCAGGACGGCUAUGAGUUCUGUCACAAGCGCAAGGUGCUGACCAUAUUUUCAGCCUCAAACUACUAUGAGAUUGGCAGCAACAGGGGAGCCUACGUGAAGCUGGGACCAGACCUGGUGCCCCAUUUGGUUCAGUACCAAGCGAACAAGACAGCCCACACUCUCACCAUGACCCAAAGAAUCAGCAGGGUGGAGGAGUCAGCCUUUCGGGCCUUGCGGGAGAAGCUCUUUGCUCACACCUCAGCCCUCAUCAGUGCAUUCAAGGCCUACGACAAGGACAACACAGGAAGGAUCACGCUGAGUAGCUGGGCAACAGCUGUGGAGUCAGUGCUGCGCCUGGGGCUGCCCUGGCGCAUGCUGAGGCCGCAGUUGGUGCGCAGUACGGCAGAUGGCAUGCUGGAGUACAGGUCCUGGCUGGAUGACUUGGCCAUGGAACAGCGCAGCCAAGAGCACAUCCAGUCGAGCUUGCUGGAAGUCAUUUAUCGAAACAGAUCCAACCUGGAGACCAUAUUCAGGAUCAUAGACAAAGAUCACUCAGGUCUCAUCUCGUUUGAGGAGUUCCACCACACCUGGAAGCUCUUCAGCUCCCACAUGAAGAUCGAGCUGACAGAUGAUGGCAUCAGCAACUUGGUGCGCAGCAUCGACUUCAAUAAGGAUGGGAACAUCGACUUCAACGAGUUCCUCGAAGCCUUCCGCCUGGUCAGGCAGGCAGAGGAGUGA